AUGGGUUCGAGUUCUGGACCGCCGACGCACCACCGCCGCCUCCGCUUCUCCUUCUCCCUCGGCCUCCCCUUCGCAUCUAAAUCCGAGCUCUCCACCUCGAACUCCUCCCAUGUUCUUUCCUCCUCCGCCGCCGCCCCCGCCGAAGUGGGCCCCGCUCCCCCUGUCCUUCCUCUUCACCCCUUACCCCGCGGCGCCGCGCCUCCGGAGCCGCCAUCCCUCCUUCGACGCCGCCGCGCCGGGGAGUUCGUCUCCCGCCACGGCGCCUCGCCGUCCGGGCCGUCCGCCCUCUCCGUCGCCGACGCUGCGCCGCGUCCGCGUUCGACCUCCGUCGCCAACGGCGCCGUCCCGGCCCUCCGCCCAACCCGACUCGGCCGAGGGUUCCGCCUCGCCGAGCGGUCCGCUCUACGGCGCGACGUCGUGCUCCGCUUCGUCUCCGGAUCAGACGCGUCCGUCGACUUCCUUCCCGGGUUCGAGGACGUGCGGACUAUUUCGGACAUCGAUUACGGCCUCCGGGAGCUCGACCAUGCCGUCGGGCAACGUCACAGCAUCGCCCCCGUCGUGUCCUACAUGAAGAAGUUCCUCGGCUUCCACGAGUUCGCCGAGUUCACCGCGAGCGACGUGGGGACCGCCGAUAGCGGAUUGAAUUCCUCGGUCCUAGCAAACAACGAGGAGACCGUACUGCUUCCGCUGAACGAGCCGGUCCACGGCACGAAGAGGAGGAGUCAGAUACAGACGUACCUGGACCACCACGGUGGGCCCGGCGUGCAGCACUUGGCGCUGAGGAGCGAUGACGUGAUCGCGACCGUGAGGAAGAUGAAGGGGGUUUCGGGCUUCGGGGGGUUCGAGUUCAUGGAAGGGCCGCCGCCGAAUUACUACGAGGGGGUGAAGAGGAGGGCAGGGGAUGUGCUGAGUGAGGAGCAGAUCAGGGAGUGCCAGGAGCUGGGGCUGCUUGUGGACAGGGAUGACCAGGGAGUGUUGGUUCAGAUUUUUACUAAGCCAAUCGGGGACAGGCCGACGAUAUUUCUAGAGAUUAUACAGAGAAUUGGAUGCAUGAGGAAGGAUGAUCAAGGAAAAGAGUAUCAGAAAGGUGGAUGUGGAGGAUUUGGGAAAGGAAACUUCUCUGAGCUCUUCAAGUGCAUUGAGGAGUAUGAAAAAACUUUGGAAGCUAAACAGCAGCCAACAACAGUUUCUGCUUAGAGAAACGCAGACAUGUUGCCAUAGUAAAAUAAGUGAAAACAGAGGAAAAAGCAUCAAAAUCCAUCAAACUUCAGUCUUUGAUUGAAUUGUGGGAAGGUCAAAAUAAGGAGAUGUUAUAUGAUUAGUGUUUUAAUUUUUGGCACUGUGUUGUAUGAGUACUCAUCAUGUUUAUUAAGCUUUGUUCGGUGCAUUUGAAAUCAAUGUCGUCGGCUUAUGAUGUUGGUGACCAUACAAAAUUCUGAGCAAGGAAUUACAAUAUAUGAUGUUGGUGACCAUACAAAA